CAACAGAAGCUGGAGUAACACAAAAGCCAAAACAGAGAAGAAAAACAAACAAAUUAACCUUUGUGUUUUGUCAGUUGAAUUUUGAACUGUCUUUAAGCAUAAUUUGUUUUGAUCAUCCUCAGUUAGACAAAACGGGUCUCUCACUGUGGAUGCUUGGUUUCGGCGCGGACCUCUUGUGGGCCGACAUGAAUCGCCUCCUCGCCUUCCUCUUCCACCAGGGUGUCUUGGAUGAGCAAUUUUUGCAACUUCAACAACUUCAAGAUCACACUUCCCCUAACUUCGUAUCCGAAGUCGUCAACAUUUAUUUCCACGAGUCCGAAAAACUACUCAACAAUCUCAGAUCAUUACUAAUGGAGAGGGAGUUUUCUGAUUAUAAGAAAAUUGAAAUACAUUUGAAUCAGUUCAUUGGUAGCAGUUCAAGCAUUGGUGCUAAGAGAGUUACAAGCGUUUGUAUUGCUUUUCGUGCAGCUUCUGAGCAAGACAACCGUGCUGGAUGUUUGCGAGCGUUGGAGAUGCUGGAGCAUGAAUAUUGCUAUCUUAAGAACAAAUUGCACGAACUCUUCCAAAUAGAGCAGCAACGUGCUUUGGCAGCAGGAGUGAGAUACCCUAUGCAGCAUCAAUAACUUUGAGCAAAUGAAAUUGUGGAAUAAAUAUCUCCAAGAUUUUGUUUUGUUUUUCUUCUUUGUAGCUUUGCAAGGUUGAAGUUUUAGACACAAACCAAGCUCUUCUUGGUAGUUUAGGGUGGUGAUUAGAGCCUCUCUUAUUUUGAAUUUCUCAU